AUAUAUAUAUAUAUAUGUUGAACUAUUUAUUCGAUUAAUAAUGGCUUGAACUGCGAUCGAUAAGGGUUCAUUGGGCUCUAUGUGCGUGUUUUUCAUUUAUGGACAUUGGUUUUUGUGGUGGUUCUAAGUUGUUCAUCUGGAGUUUGGCCGUUGCAAAGGGACCCACUUUGAACCGUUUCCUUUCAUCUUAAAUUGCUCAAGUUCGCCGCUGAGGACCGUUUCGUUUUGUGGCUGUCCCAUACUUGUUGCCAGCUCAUGCUGCUUUGACACAUGGGGAGUUCCAUGCCAUGCAUCAGCCCCCUUUUGCCAUUCCUACCCAGACCUGCUCACCCCCUUCUAGAGAUUACUCUUUGGAUGGGGUAUAUAUGUUCUAAGAUGAACAAAGGCUUGGGCCUCAUCUUCCUUUUCAAAGAGUUUCUGCCAGUAAAAUCAUGGAAGCAUUGGAAACCGAAAAAAGACAAAAGUAAAUUUCAUUUUUACAUAGGGCAGGCAUGUGACUGGAAUUGAGAGAGAGAGAGAGAGAGAGAUUACACGAUCAUCGACAUUAUUGACUGAUUCAGCACUGCCUUUUCACUCAACCUCUAUCCUAUUUUGCUUUAAAGCUAUUUAAGAUAUGCACUGUAUGUAUGUACGUAUGUAUGGAGAAAUCUGGUCUAUAUUGGUUCAUCCUUCUAUAAUUGUGGCAGGUGAAAGCCCUUUGAGUUGGAGCCCAUGAUUGAAAGCGACCUUUCUUCACAAGGUCACCACUGAAAGUUCCCCUACAAUGAUAAGGUUAAUGACUUGGAUGUAUAUGGUUUAUAGGCAGUUCAACAACCAAAAACUGCUUUGGAAUUCCAUACAUAACACUCAGCGGGAUCUCUUGACUUUUCGUUAUCUGAAUUGCGUGUGUGUUGUUAUCUUCCCGUUGGCUUCUUUAUCAGCUUUGCAUUAUCUUUAUGGAAUCUUCACAGCUGCAAUUGCCCUUUUCACUGAUCUAAGCGUCCUCUUGAACCUUGUAUCCAUUGGCACACUGUUUGUGUUUUACAUGGUAGCAAAUGCAGUAAUCUACAGGCGUUACGUUGUGGUGGGCACAACGAAGCCAUGGUCUACAUUAUCUUUCCUAUGCUUACUGUCGCUCACAUCCAUUAUCUUCACCCUACUGUGGCAUUUUGCACCGCCAGGGAAGCCCAAGGCCUUUGUACUAGCCACUUGUGUUGUAAUCGCAAUAUCCAUAUUAGAGAUAUUUCGUUGCAUGGUACCACAGGCGCGGAAACCUGACUUCUGGGGUGUCCCUUUCAUGCCAUGGCUACCAUCUAUAUCAAUCUUCUUGAACAUAUUUCUGAUGGGGUCUCUGGGUGGACCAUCCUAUGUGCGAUUCGGAUUCUUUUCGGCUCUAGCGGUGCUCGUAUACGUCUUAUACAGUGUGCAUGCUAGUUUUGAUGCCGAAGUGAAUGGCUCUUUCGGUCAAAAUAAUGGUGAAAUCCUUAAAGAAUCAGCAGAAAGUGAACACCCCAGUCACAAAGUGUAAAAACUUUCUUUUGGCUCACUUUUCUUUUUUCCUCAUCUUCUUUAUUCCCUCUAAAAACCCUUUUUGGUAUGUUGAUGAGUUCUUAGCAAACUGAGAUAAAAGGAAAAAAGAAAUGGAAUAGAAUAGAAUAGCCUUCAGAAAAUCGGCAACUUGUAUAGUUGGUCCCUUGAACUAGAACUAAGCCUCGGAUUCUCAUCAUUUGUGCAUUGUUGUGCUUGGGUUCUAAUGGGAAAGUUGGCAU